CAUUACUGGAAAAGUGGAAAUGCGCAGGAGCUGCACAGAGGAACCGAAAGCACAGAAGCAUCAUCCGAUCGAGCCCAAAGAAACAUUUGGUGGAUCUCUCUGCACCGCCGAACCAUGACAGCCCUGGCGAAAUUUUCCUAGAAGCAAAGGGGGGAAGGUGCCCAAGAAGGAGCCCCGACAAUCGGCGUCGAUGCGCGCAGCCAAAAAUGACGACGGUGGGACAGUGAUCUUCCUCUUCCAGCUGCUCGUCAUCUUUUGCGGCCACACGCUCGCAUGCCACUCGCCUCCUAUGUGCACGCACCACAGAGGCAGGAUUGGAAACCGACUGAUCUCCAACACGGUCGCAAGUGCGCGCGGAGACGUUUCACCCCGGCAGCCGUUCCCCGCGAAUAAUUACGCAGAGGUUCUGGCGUUCGACGGAGCACUGAGGGAUUUCGAAGUUUCGCAUGAAAACUUGCUGCGUGCGUGUGUUCACUUUCUGAGCCACGGCUUUCCACGGGCGGUGAGUAAUCCGCGUCGCAGCUGCUGAUAAACCUGCAAAAAACCUGGAGGGCGACGCGGGCGCGUUUUGGAUAGGCUGCCUCCUCUCCCGUGCGUCGCUUAUAUGGAUUCAUAUGGCUCCUGCGCUCGGUGUUUGACCACUACUCGCACGUUGUUGACGUUCCAUGGCUGUGGACAGCAGCAGCAGUAGUGCGCGGCGAAAGAGGACGAUGCAAGACUAACUGGGGGCGAGCACAGCGCACUUUUAUCGCCUUCUCUCUCUCUUUGCGCACACGGAGGCAUUGCGCACAGGCUGCAGCAACUACAGCCCCGGACUUUUUCUUUCUUUUUCUUUUCUCAUUUCACCGAAUCCUUUGUUAUUUCCCUUUCCCUUCUGCUGUCAUCGUAGUAUGUCUGCACUUCGAAAGAAAUUUGGGGACGAUUACCAGGUAGUGACCACCUCAUCCAGCGGGUCUGGAUUCAACCAGCAUCCCCCGGAGAAGAAGAGGAAGAGGCAGCGGUUCGUGGAUAAGAAUGGGCGAUGUAACGUCCAGCAUGGGAACCUGGGUGGAGAGACCAGCAGAUACCUCUCAGACUUAUUCACGACACUGGUCGACCUGAAAUGGCGCUGGAAUCUGUUUAUCUUCAUCCUCACCUACACGGUCGCGUGGCUCUUCAUGGCCUUCAUGUGGUGGUGCAUCGCCUACAUCCGAGGGGACCUCUACAGGGUGCACAACGACAAGUACACUCCUUGCGUGGCCAACGUGUACAACUUUCCCUCAGCCUUCCUCUUCUUCAUAGAGACCGAGGCCACCAUCGGCUACGGUUACAGAUACAUCACUGACAAGUGCCCCGAGGGGAUCAUUCUCUUUCUGUUCCAGUCGAUCCUCGGAUCGAUCGUCGAUGCCUUUCUGAUCGGCUGCAUGUUCAUCAAGAUGUCUCAGCCCAAGAAAAGGGCCGAGACGCUGAUGUUCAGUGAACAUGCGGUGAUCUCCAUGCGGGAUGGGAGACUAACUCUCAUGUUCAGGGUCGGGAACCUGCGUAACAGCCAUAUGGUCUCUGCACAGAUCCGCUGCAAGCUGCUGAAAUCUCGCCAGACGCCCGAAGGCGAGUUUCUUCCGCUGGAUCAGUUGGAGUUGGACGUGGGCUUCAGCACGGGGGCCGACCAGCUCUUUCUCGUCUCACCGCUCACGAUCUGCCAUGUGAUCGACCCCAAAAGCCCCUUCUACGAGCUCUCCCAGAGGUCCAUGCAAACGGAGCAGUUUGAAAUUGUGGUGAUACUAGAAGGGAUCGUGGAGACGACAGGGAUGACCUGCCAAGCGAGGACGUCUUACACCGAGGACGAGGUCCUGUGGGGACACCGCUUCUUCCCAGUCAUCUCCUUGGAGGAAGGCUUCUUCAAGGUGGACUACUCUCAGUUCCACGCCACAUUCGAGGUGCCCACCACUCCGCACAGCGUGAAGGAGCAGGAGGAGGCUUUGCUCCUCUCCUCGCCCCUCAUGGCUCCAUCCCUGUGCAACAGCGGGGAGAAGAACAGCUCCCUGGACUGCCUGGAGACGCUGGAGGACAAUGACAGCACCACCAAGCUGCCCACCAAGCUCCAGAAGAUGUCGGGACGGGAGGGCCUGCCCAAGAAGCUUCUGAGGAUGAGCUCCACCACCUCAGAGAUGACUUACAACUUCGGAGACCUGCCCAUGAAGCUGCAGCGAAUCAGCUCUGUUCCCGGCGUCUCUGAUGAUAAGCAUGGCGGCAAGGCCUCCAAGAUGUGCACAGAGCCCAUGAGCAAGUCGGUGGCGGACUUACCUCCCAAGCUGCAGCGGAUGUCUGGGGGAGUGGGGGGCAGGAUGGACGGACACCUACCGCCCAAACUCAGAAAGAUGAAUUCAGAUCGCUUUACAUAAAGCAGGCGACAUAUUUAAACUUCUGCCAUCCACCUUUAUUUCCCCCCUACCUGAAGUCCUUGUACUAUUCCUAAUUUAUUAACGAACAAUAUUCUUACAUUAAAAGAAAUGUAGAAUUUGUGCACAACUACCUUAUAUAAAGUAGGGUGAUGGAAUUGAGCACAUGUGUCCCUGGGUGUAAGUGUACAUGCUUUUGAUGAAAGGUCUUUUUUUUUUAGGACGAUUUACAAUUAGCACAAUCUGGCAUGUAAGAAACAGCGCAUGUAGAACCGAAUCUCAAUAACUUCUGGCAUGUCAUUUAUGGAUAUAUUACUUUACAUGAACGAUUUCAUUGGUUAAUUGACUGACGGUGACAAAUUGCACAAAGCCAUAUGAUUUACUACGUGGGAAACUUCUCAUCACACGGCUCUGGUUUGUGGUGGCGAAAAAGGCACAUGACGUUUGUUUUCAGUUGAUUGCUUUUGUUGUUUAAACGUAAAGUUGUGGCAAUGUUAUGUUGAUUGCAUGCUCCUCUUAUUGACUUAGCUAUACAAAGGUAAUAGACAAAGAUGUUUAGCCUUAACUAUAUUACCUUGUUUCCAUUUUCAUGUUUGUUCACAGCUGUAUUUUUUUGGUAUUUCAUAUAUAGACUAUUUUACCAUGUGCGAUUUUAUGAUUUUAUUAGUUGAUCAAAUUCCGAAUAUGUUGCCAGAUGAUGUGUUUUUUAUGUUGGAAAAUGCAUUAUCUGCAUCAUGUGACCCGUCUGAACUGGGCACAAUGCGAGACAACUUCACUUGCUUAUUAAAGUAACACUUAAGUUGAAAGAGUCCAUAUUUGUACUUGAUAAGCACAAAGCAAUCGCUCUAUACUACCCGCUGAUAUUAGAAAGCAUUUUAUGGGCAUUUUGUUAUGAAUUAACUGCUCCGGGGCUACAGUUCAGUACUGUGCAGUCACUCUCACUACUGAGUCAGUGUACUAAUCUGCAGUAGACCUGUGUACUCAUAUCAGACACGCCAUUAGAAUUUCAACUUAGGUGUUACUAGAUUCAGAGGUGGGCCUGUGACAGUCCACCUCCUCUCUCCCUCUGUGAUAAAAGCAAUAAUAUUAUAAUGACUAUAAUCUUGAUAUAGCCACAGGGUCAACCACAGCCCGAUAUCCAUCCUGUUAACUGAAUCCAUGCCAUCAAAUCUGGUUUUCUCUAAAUGCAUAAAAUAAAUUGUAUGAUACCCAAUCUCUUCAGGAAUAAAGAUCUAACUAACUGUUA